UUUAUUUUAUUUUUUUUUUUAGAAAUGUCGGAUUUUGAAGAGUUCGAGAAACAAUUAAAUGAGAACAGACAAGAAAGAGAGAGGGAGAGGCACAGGACAUGCAGUGGCUUGCUGGGAAGAGGAGAGAAGCAUCGCAGCCGGGACUGCCGGAGCCAGGACCACCGGAGCCGGGACUGCCGGAGCCGCUCCAGGGACCACAAGAAACAUAGUUAUUCUCCACGACAAACGAGAAAGAAAAGGAUCUACAGAUACUGGGAUGUCCCACCUCCCGGCUUCGAGAACAUCACCCCGAUGCAGUACAAAGCCAUGCAAGCUGCCGGCCAGAUCCCCACUGUAGCACUGCUGGCUACGUCCACUACAGCCGGAGUUCCCGCAGCAACGGUGCAGGUGCCUCUCGGCGGCAGCCAGAUGACCAGACAAGCUCGCCGCCUUUACAUUGGAAACAUCCCAUUUGGAGUGACUGAGGAAUCAAUGGCUGAGUUUUUCAAUGCCCAGAUGAGGCUGGCCAGGCUCAUCCAAGCCCCCAGUAAUCCAGUGCUUGCAGUGCAGAUCAACCAGGAUAAGAACUUUGCUUUUCUUGAGUUUAGGUCUGUGGAUGAGACCACGCAGGCCAUGGCAUUUGACGGAAUCAUCUUCCAGGGGCAGUCACUGAAGAUCAGACGCCCUCACGACUACCGGCCCCUGCCCGGCAUCUCUGAGCAGCCCACCUUUCACGUCCCAGGAGUUGUGUCCACUGUUGUCCCAGACUCCCCGCAUAAACUCUUCAUUGGCGGUUUGCCAAACUAUCUCGGCGAUGAUCAGGUGAAGGAGCUCUUGACAUCAUUUGGGCCACUAAAAGCUUUCAACCUUGUCAAAGACAGUGCCACGUCACUGUCAAAGGGUUAUGCUUUCUGCGAAUAUGCGGACAUCUGUGCCACUGACCAGGCAGUGGCUGGUCUGAAUGGCAUGCAGCUGGGUGAUAAGAAGCUGAUUGUGCAGCGGGCCAGCGUGGGGGCGAAGAACGCCAACUCAAUGGCUGCAACCGAGGCGUCCUUGAGCCUCCUGCUGCCAGUUCUGCCGAGGCUGCCAAUCAUGAGCCUGCCCACCGAGGUGCUGUGUCUCCUCAACAUGGUGAUGCCCGAGGAGCUGCUGGACGAUGAGGACUACGAGGAGAUCCUGGAGGACAUCCGUCAGGAGUGCUGCAAGCACGGAUGCGUGCGCUCCAUUGAAAUCCCUCGGCCUGUUGAUGGCGUGGACGUGCCGGGCUGCGGCAAGAUCUUUGUGGAAUAUGAGUCAGCGGCAGACUGUCAGAAGGCCAUGCAGGCACUGACCGGCCGGAAGUUUGCCAACCGUGUCGUGGUCACCAAGUACUACGACCCGGACAUGUACCACAGACAUGAAUUCUGAAGGUCAUGGGCUGCUCACCAGAUGGAAGAAUGCUGCACAGAAUGAUGAGAAGGAAAGUGUUGUGACCUGGGUUAUUUAUUUGUUUCAUGAAGAUUCUUGUCUUUAUUUCAUUAUAUGAGUAGACCAGCUUAUUUACUUAAGCUCCUUGGUAGAAAAUGUAUGAUUGUUGUUCAACUGAGAAGCAAAGUAUGUCCACAAAAUGAACAGGGAAAGCUCAUCUAACUGUCUUUGUAGUAAUACAAUUUUAAGAAUCGCAGUCAGAAUUUAAGGCAGUGUUUUGUAAAUGAUGUACUUUAAUUUGAUCUAAUUUUAAGUACAGCUUUUGCAUUUAACAGCACAAAACCUGAUGCUGUGACAUUAUGUUCUUAGCCUUGCAAGGGUUUGCUGUGCUACCUGGCCUUUGACUGCCAGUGUUUUGAGUUUUAUUUUAGAAUAAAAAUUAAAUGAGAUUUAUUUGUAGUUUGAUUAGGAAGAAGGGUGCCAUACCAGAAAAAUGUGAUUGGUGUUAUUCUAUAUGUAUAAUUAGCAAUUCCUUAAUCGUAUUGUAAGGAAAGUGUAUUUAAGAUGAUGUAAUAUAACAUAGUACACAUAUGUAAUGUAAAGAGUGUGUGUGUGAGUGAAGGAGAGAGAGUUUGUCUAUUCAUAUAUAAAGUGUUCCUGUCCUCUAUUUAUGCAGAUGGUUGUAUUUAUUUUUGAGACUAUUUCCUUACAUUUUAACCUACAGGAUUUCAGUAUGUAAGUCAUACAAGCAACAGCAAUGGUUUGGUUGUCUAACUGAAGUUGUGAUGAAAUUAGUUCACAUGUUUUUGUUCCCAUUAGAAUAAGCUGUUAUAUCCUUUACAUCAGGUCAGAAUUUCCCUUGAGGCUAGUCAUGCUAGCAAGUUUUGUUUCAAAUAUCCAAGACAAAGCCUCACUUCUAGGCCAAAAAUGUAAAUAAUUAAGUCCAGAAACUGCCAUAAAUGUACAAUGUAUGCGUGCAAAUAUUUAGCAAUACUUGGUUUUGUAAGUUCAAACUCACUGCCUUGCCUGCA